AUGUGCGGUAUAUUAUUCCAUGCCACUAGAUCUUCAGGCACUAUUGAUGCUAAACACAUUGAAAUUUCCAAUGAAAAGCUGAUAUCUGAAAUAAUCACCAAUGAUUUAGCCCACGAUAUUGGAAUAGCAGUUGCUGAAAAUGAGACCCAAACUGGUACGGUCAAAGCUUGUUCAAUAGCACAAAAUGCUGGUGAGAUCUUUGAAUGUGUCGAUGAUAACAAAAUUUUCAAAUCUUUGGUCCCAAAGAUCUUGGCUAGAGGUCCGAACUAUGCAUCAUUAAUGACCCAUUCAAUAUCCUCGCCAUCGUCAUCCAUCAAUCUUCGGAUGUUUUCUCUGGUUUUGUCACUUAGAGCUCCAUUCACUUCACAGCCUAUUAGUGAUUCCAGAUACAUUUUGCAAUUUAAUGGCGAGCUAUAUAACGAGGACCUUCUUGAGAAUAAUGUUUGUAACCACAAUGAUACAUCAUAUUAUUCCUCUAAAUUGGCAGAAACAUUAGGAACAGAGGAAGAGGUCAUCAAGGUGAUUCGGUUAAUCAAGGGGGAAUUUUCAUAUGUUGUGGUCGAUAAAGUGGAAAACAAAGUCUAUUUUGGAAAAGAUUCUGUGGGGAGAAGGUCUUUAUUCCACAGAAUUGAAGAUGGUGAACUAUACGUUUCUUCAAUUUACCCACACGGUGAAUCAGAUUGGAAGGACUGCGAGGCAGGGAUAAUUUAUGUAUUAAAUUUAAACACUGCUGAUUGGAAUCAUCUUGCGGAAACGCCAAGAUCAAUUAUCGAAGUGACGAAGACUGUUAGUACUGGGCCUGAAUCUAAGACUCAAGAUGAUAUAGAUUAUGUUGCGGGAUUCUUGGAAGUCUUCAGAAAAUCAAUUAAGGAUCGGAUGAUGACCAUUGAACCAUUUCAUUUCAAAGAUUUAGGCAAUGAGUAUGUUCCACCAUGUGAUUUGACAAAUGCAAUCUAUGAUCAAGAAAAUCUGAGUGUGGAAUGCACCAACGCUCAAUUUGGGAUUUUAUUUUCUGGGGGGAUUGAUUGUACGUUGAUUGCUGGGAUUUGUGGUGAACUUCUUACAAAAUCAUGUGAAUCAACUUCCCCUAAACCAACCAUUGACUUGCUUAAUGUCUCGUUUAACAACAGACGUACAAAUCUUUCAUAUGACGCCACGCCAGAUCGGAAACUCGGAUUGAGGUCUUACAAAUCACUUCAGGAAAUGUUUCCUAAUGUGAAGUACAAUUUCGUGGAAGUUAAUGUUAGUUAUGAGGAAUAUUUGAAAGGUAAAGAGCGGGUUAAGAAAUUGAUGUGGCCAUGCAACACCGAAAUGGACCUUAGUAUUGCAAUCGCAUUUUAUUUUGCUCUGAGAGGCUGGGGAGUGGUGGCAACGGAAAAUGAAGGAGAUUCUGGGGCACAACAAAUGAAAACUUACAGUAAUUGCAAAGUGUUGUUUAGUGGUCUUGGGGCGGAUGAAUUGUUUGGAGGAUAUUCGAGGCACGAACGGAUGUUUCAAGAAGGAAAAGACUGGGUUGAAACUCCUGAGCGAUAUGAACAGUUGGCAAAAGAAUUACAAAAAGACAUUGAUGGGAUCUGGCAACGUAAUUUGAGCCGAGAUGACCAAGUGAUGAGUUGCUGGGGUAAAGAGUUGCGUUAUCCUUUCCUCAGUGAGGAAGUUGUAAAAUACGGUUGCGAGGUUGUGCCGUUGAAAUGGAAAGUUGGAGAUCGCAUCAAGAAGAGAAUUUUGCGGGAAACCGCCAGUUGUGUUGGGAUGGAGUUUAUUAGAGAUGAAGGGAAAAGAGCAAUUCAAUUCGGGGCCAAAAGCGCAAAGAUGGAGAUGGGACAGGGAAGAACCAAAGGUCAUGAUCGUUUAGGCUAA